AUGGGUGAAUCAACGAACCAAAAAGCUAGUUUGUACAAAUGCCUCUUCAAAGGUUGUAAGCAAAAAACCAAUAAAGAUGGGACUCCAAAAUAUCUAAAAAUCAAGGAUGAUUCAAGAGGCAAUGGAAAGCGUCAUUAUCUGGCACAUUAUCCCAACAAUGAACUCAAACAUGAAGAGAAGUGGAAAUUGGCUGUUAGAAAGAUGACUAGUAAAGAUAACAUUGGAAUUAUUCAUCGUGCUCCAACUAUUCAGCAUAUUCUCAAACAAUCUGACUUUGAUAACUACGUAUUGAAUUUCAUCAUCGUUUAUGUACUUCCUCUCUAUGUAGUUGAAAAGGAGAAAUUCAAGUCACUUAUGUCUGGUGUAGCAUCCCCGCACUUAAAGCUACAUGAAUCUAUUCACGAAGAAUACCAAAUUAAGGAUAAAUUGCGUGGCUCAACGACGGAUAAUGGUUCGAACUUCAUUAAAUGUUUUCACGAAAAGGGUGCAUCAUCUACGCUCCCGAACUAUGAAGAAGAGAACAAUCAAGAUUACCAAGAUGAUUCUGAGGAUGAGGAGAUGAUAUGUUUUGAAAUUGGAGAUAUUUUGAAUGACUAUUCAGUAACCACCACGAUUGCAAACGACAAUGCGACACUACCUUUGCAUAGACGGUGGGCUUGCCACCUCCUCAGUUUAAUUUCAAAAAAAUAUAUCGACAAAAUCCAAGACUUCAUAUUCGAACAAUUAAGAUCAACUUUGUCGUCUCUUAAGGAUGACACUUCAAUUACUAUUUGCCAGCCUCUAGUAAAUAGUCUAUUGGAUGCCAUACACUUAAGGUUCGAUAAAAUGUUCUCUGACAAUGAACUCCGGCUAGCAACAAUAACCAAUCCCAUGUUUAAGCUCUCAUGGCUAGAAAAAGAAGAAGAAAUUGAACGUGCGAAGAAUGAAAGCAGUGAUGGUACUUCAUCGUCUCUUUCUGGCCCAAGUGCAGAAAAGCAACGAAAGAAGAAUUCUUUUGCUUCUAUCACAAAGAAAACAAGCAUGAAGAAAUCUGAUGAUGAGAUUGAAAACUACCUCAAUUUGUGUGACAGCUUAAAGUUACAAUGUUACACACUUCCAUCAUCGGCAUCAGUUGAAAGACUUUUCCGCCAAGGAGGUCUGAUUUUCUCUCCAAGACGUUUGAAUUUGACUGACAUACUUUUCGAGAUGUUACUGUUCUUAAAAGUGAACAACAAGAUUGUCAAAGACUGGGCGAGGACCACUCCGAAUGGAAAAUCACUUGAACCUGAGUCUUUGUCGACUAUUCAACAAUGUCAAGAACGAACGGGAGAAGAUUUUUCAAACCAAGAAGAGCAAGCUUCCGUUCCUAUUCCUUGUGAUCAAGAGCCUGAAGGAAAGAGAGGCGGACUUCCAGUCGAACGAUCCGAAGAUCUGAGUAUAGCUGAGCUGGUUGAUCAAGGACAUCCGGUGGUCGAACCUCUACCAAGUCGACCUGAAUCCAGGGAUGGUGUAGACGGAACCAACGUUCCUGAUGAGACACCUGACGUCAAUUCUACAUGUGAGACUCAACGCACGUGUGAGGAAGGCACCGAAAGCGGAGCGACAGGCAUCCGACUUGACAGCGAUCUUCAUAUCGCAUCCGAGACCAUUCCUGAUAUUCCUGCUGGGUGGCUCUACAUGGUUUUAGAAGAAUUUUAUUCCUAA